GGAGAAGAUAAACGUUUACCGAAUCAAAGUAUAAUGUGUCCAACAUAUUGAAGCUCCAUAUCAAUUUAUGUCAAUAUUCUAUUUUUUACAUUGGCUAUUGGCAUAAGUUUCAUUUCGUCUAUUCUUUGUUUUGCCAAACAAUGUUACUUCCGGGAAAUUCGAUUUGAAGGCAAGGUGCCACAGUCCGAAGCUGUCGUUAAGAACAUUAUUGCAGCAAUGUUUGGACUAGCUGAACACGGCAGUCAUCAAGAGCCCAUGACCCUGGGGUCCCCUGCCUCUAGUCCAGGGGGUCACCACCAUCCUACACCAUCACAGUUCUUACCUGGCUAUCUGCUGGGAGAUGCCUCUCCAAUGCCUGCCUCGCCUGCUGGGCCUAGACUAUGGUCAACUACCAGUAGCAGCAGUCCACCUAAAACAACAUCAAGAGCCUCUUCUUGGACAACCCCACUAAGUCCACAUGGGGGACAUACACCAAGAACUGACAGCAGGAAUAGAGAUAUGGUAGGGCAUCGCCCAAAAGAUAAAACUGGGGCCCCACCAGUCCAAGGCCUGUUUGAAACAUUUUCCACUCCAUCAAGACCAAGUACAGAUCCCAGAAUGGUUGACUACAGUGCAGGUGCCCCCAGAACACCUUCUACAUCUUUUGCUGCUAGAACUGCACAUGAGUCUUCAUUAGGUCUGCAGUCCAGUAGUUUAUUCAGUCCGGGAAGUGCAACAUCUUUUAAUCAAUCCAGAAAAACUCCCCCAUCUCCAGCUCAGAUAGAUCCCUUCUAUACACAGGGGGAAGCUAUUCAACCAGAGGAUGAAUUAGAUGAAACGUGGAUAACAGUCUUUGGUUUUCCACCAAACACAGCAUCAUUUAUCCUGCAGCAGUUUUCUCAGUAUGGCAAUAUAACCAGACAUGUGAUUGCAAAUGAAGGCAAUUGGAUGCAUAUUCACUAUCAGUCCAAGCUACAAGCCAAGAAAGCCCUCAGCAAGAAUGGGAAGGUGUUUGGAAAUAUAAUGGUUGGAGUUACACCAUGUAUAGAUAAGAGUAUAAUGGAUGGAGAGAAGGAAAACCGUGAUAUGUCCUCUACGCUUGACACAUCCACCCAGAACACAUCAGUUAGGGACAGCAGUAGUAUGACCAAAGUAGGCAUCAGACCCCUGACUGCAGCUUACCAGGCUGCUAGUGCAGAUCAUCAGGUGGUCCAGUCUAGUAACACCCCAAGAAAAAGUAACAAUGUUUUGUCAAAGGCCAUGGACUACAUGUUUGGAUGGUGAAGGGGCUAUUGAUUGUAAGAUCCACCAGUGAUAAAUAUAUGGACAGCAUGAUUAUCUGUGAGAAAUACUAUAUUUGAUGUCCAGUCUUGUGCUGAAGAAUAUUGCCUUUAUGUCACUUUUUUUAAUUACAUAGAAGUAGAGGGCUGACAGGAAUUUUUAUCUAUAUGAAAGGCAUCAUGAAAUACAGCCUUUGCCAUGUCAUCUUUGAUCUUAAUUCUGCUCCUUUCAUAGAUUUUCACGUCCCAAUUAAAAAAAUUUUAUGUAGUGUCCUUAGAGGAAAAACUGACCAGUGUUAAUUGCUUUGAAAUUCAAAUUCUCUGAAGUGACCCUCCACAUACACUGGGACACUUUAAUGUGUUUUUUAACCUAAUCAAAAGAUAAUCAUAGGGUGAUUUACACUAACAGGGAUACAGAGUUCAGAUAGGUGUUCUUUUAGGAAUUAAAAUUCUAAUUGGAAUUGUGUACAUCAUCUCUGCAAUUAGUGAUGAAAUUGGUUAAUGCCAUGGAUUGAAGAAUUUCACAAAUAAACGGUUACAAAGUAACACUGCAUAGAAAAAGACAGAACCGUAUAAUUAGUUAUGAAGUCUUUUAAUGGAUGUAAAUGUUAAUAAAAUUCUCUAUUUUUAUAAAAAAAAUUGACAAUUCUUGUAGUUGUUCAUUUGGUUUUCCACUUUAAAACAAAAUGAAAUACUUCAUGUCUUUAUUUCAAUGAUGAUGAUUUGCUGAGUACAUAAGCUGCUCAAUCGCAUAAUCAUUAUUUUAUACAGCAAAUCGUCUUGCAAGGGGAGUUCCCACUGGUUCUCAAUUGAACCUAAAACUUUCAAUAUUAUAAACAUGAUACCAUUGACUUCUACAACCACAGGGAGGAUUAUUAUCUAGGAGUAAUAACUAUUUCUGUAGUUGCAUACCUCAUAUGUUUAAAAGACGACCUUUUUAUCAAUACACAUUGCACAUUUUACACCCCAUUUCAGCUACACAACUCGUAUAAUAAAAACUCAAACACUAGUUCCUUAAAUACAUGCCAAUGAUUGUACAUACUGUGCAAUGGCAGUCACGUUUCUUCUUUGAGAAGUGCAUAAUCUUGGGAACAGUAAAGAACAAUAUUUGGCAAAUUGCAGUUGUGUUCUGCAUUAAGCAGAAUACGCUAAUCAAUAAUUAUUAAGAUUACAUCAAUAAAUGCUUCUAUCAGUUUACAUAUGAUACAUCUAUAUGUACUGAUGGUAUAUAUAAGUUGCUUGUUCGUUGCACUGUUAAAAUGUAAAACCUGUUUUGAAGGACAUUGAAUAAGAUCUACAAAAGCUGUGCCCUUACAGCCCAUAGGCAACUAUAUAUAUCACUGCAAACCAUGCCACUUAUUUUGCAAUGUCUGAGGAAGUCACCAGGCUCUGCAUCAGUAAGCAUGAUCUUCAGUACUCUUCCUUCACACAAUGUAAAUGCACAAGCUUUCUGUCCAGCAUUUUACUAUAUAAUAAAGACAAAGACGCAAGAUAAAGAUAUAAAUAUAGACACUCACCAUUGCUACACUCCACACAUUUGUAUAAUUGUAAUACUUUUUCAAGAAAAUUUACAUCAAUAGAUUCAGUAAUGUACAUGACUAUAUAAUACACUAAGCUAGUUCAAUGAGAGGCCUUCAUUUCAAGAUAACCUUAAAAUAAGACCAUGGUAAUAAUUCUGCCUUCAUAAUAAAAUUGUACAACAAAUCAAAUUCAAGUGUGAGAUCUCUUCUGGGCAUGAUGCAGUUUUAAAGUCAUCUGGUCCGUAAAAACUAACAAUUAGAUUAACACUGGCAUAGGUAAUUUAAAACUACUAUAAGAUGGAUUCUUCAUCUAAUCUUUCAUAAACAAGCACAAAGUACAUCCUUACAGAAUGAAUUGCCCACAAUGUAGUUUAUUAUUCAUUUUGUGAAAUGACGACAUAUUCCUACCAAAGUUGGCAUUUUUGUAAAAAAA